CCGAAACCAAUAAACCGCUUUGGUUCAAGAGUCUUCCCUUGGGAACAGUUUAGACUUGAGAGCGCGGAGAAGUUGGAGACGGUGAAGAUGGCAGUGAGACAAAAAGCAAUGGCGACGUUGCCGAAACUGAUUCAAAGCAUGAGAAACGAAGUUACGAAGCAGCCCAGUCUUGUCUUACCAUCUCUCAGAAGAGCUUUCUCUCUCUACGAUCAGAUCAAUCUCAUCGAUAACGUUCCUGAGGAUCAGCUCCGAUUUCAGGAGUUUGAUGAGACGAGUUUCACUGUGAAUGGGGUUAAAUACGAAGGAAGCUUGCUCUGUGUUGGGAAUUUGCUAAUGUCAUGGAGCCCUCGUUACUUCUCCGACAUCACAACGGAUAGGUACCAGUACCACCUUCUCCCUUCUCUUCAGCUUACUUAUACAGGACUAGAGCUAGAGUUAAGAGAUUGCGUAAAGUUAUAAUCUUUUCAUUGUUCAUGACCCUCUCUAAUGAAUGUUUAGUUAAGUCCUUUUCAGCGAAAGUUGAAGUCUGUCUAGUGUGGCCUCUCUUGUACGUACUAGUAUCUGUUUGCUGUGUUUGAUCUAACUUUGUAAUAUCUAUCUACUCUUUCUACUUUGAAGUUAAUGUGUCAUUGCUAAACACUUUACAUGUCUAAUUCAUGGAUGCAGCUUGUCAAUCUUCCAGACGGUUCGACCAAUUCCAGAGCUCUUGAUUGUCGGGUGUGGAAGAUACAACCACCCACUGAAUCCCCAAGUCCGUCAGUUCGUAAAGUCAAUCGGCAUGAAGCUAGAAACUGUUGAUUCUAGAAAUGCUGCAUCAACUUACAACAUACUCAAUGAGGAAGGCAGGAUCGUGGCUGCUGCAUUGCUUCCUUAUGGAGUUACAUCGUAAGAAACUCAACACCUCUGGAAUACUGUAGAACAAACUUCGAACAGCUUGACUCGAUCUUUAUAGUUGAAACACCAACAUGGUCUUCUUGUCUACUGUAAAUGAUAUAUUUCACUCUAUUUGUAAAACUUUUGCAAAAAAAUCGAAAUUUACAGGAUUACCACC